AUGGCCACCAAGAAGAUUUUGCUCCUCGGAUCGGGUUUCGUCGCAGAGCCCUGCGUUGAGUACCUCUGCCGUCGUCCCGAGAACAAGCUCACCAUCGCUGCCAGACGUCUCGCCAUUGCUAAGGAGCUCGCCGGUGGUUAUACCAACACCACUGCCAUCUCCUUGGAUGUCAACGAUGAGGUUGCCCUGGAUGCUGCCAUUGCCGAGCACGACAUUGUCAUCUCCUUGAUCCCCUACACCUACCACGCCCAGGUCAUCAAGUCUGCCAUCAAGUCCAAGACCAACGUCGUCACCACCUCCUACGUCUCCCCCGCCAUGAUGGCCUACGACGAGGCUGCCAAGGCUGCUGGUGUUGUUGUUAUGAACGAGAUUGGUGUUGACCCCGGUGUUGAUCACUUGUAUGCCCUCAAGACCAUCAACGAGGUCCACGCCGAGGGUGGAAAGGUUCUUUCUUUCUUGUCCUACUGCGGUGGACUUCCCGCCCCCGAGGCCUCUAACAACCCUCUCGGCUACAAGUUCUCCUGGUCCUCCCGUGGAGUCCUCCUCGCCCUCAAGAACAACGCCAAAUUCUACGAGAACGGUGAGAUUGUCGAGUACUCAGGCAACGACCUUAUGAACUCUGCCAAGGCCAUCCCCAUCUACCCAGCCUUCGCCUUUGUCGGUUACCCCAACCGUGACUCUUCCCCUUACAAGGAGCGUUACAACAUCCCCGAGGCCCACACCAUCCUCCGCGGUACCUUGCGUUAUGCUGGAUUCCCCGAGUUUGUCAAGACCUUGGUUGAUAUUGGGUUCUUGGAUGAUGCUCCUCAGGACUUUUUGGCUGCUGACGCCUCCGAGAUCGCUUGGAACGACGUUGUCGCUAAGCGUCUUGGUUCUUCCAGCAAUGCUGAGGCUGACCUUGUCGAGUUGAUCAAGGAAAAGUCGACCGUCAAGGGCGAUGAUAUCGACCGCAUCGUCAAGGGCAUGAAGUGGUUGGGUAUGUUCUCGGCGACCCCUGUGACCCGCCGCGGCAACUUCCUCGACACCUUGUGCGCGACUCUUGAGGAGAAGAUGAUGUACGGCAAGGGCGAACGCGAUAUGGUCAUGCUCCAGCACAAGUUCGAGGUCGAGCUCAAGGACGGCACUCAGCAAACCCGCACGUCGACGAUUCUGGAAUACGGCAACCCAGAGGGCGCCUCGGCAAUGGCUCGUUUGGUUGGUAUGCCCUGUGGUGUUGCGACCCAGUUGGUCUUGGAUGGCGUUAUCCGUACCCCCGGUAUCUUGGCCCCCAUGUCUGCAGAUAUUAACGAUCCUCUGAUCAAGGGUAUUGAGGCCGAAGGUGUUGUCUGUCACGAGGAGAUUCUGUAA